CAGGGCUCACUCCAGGGCUGGAUGCUCUGCAGAGAGGAUGGGGCUGUGCGGGUGCAUGCUGCUGGGGCUGCUCCUCUCCAUAGGGGCAUCUAUCUGCUGGGGUGAGUGCCCCUGCUCUGACCCAGCUCUAUGCCAGCCCAUCACAGACACCAGGGACUUUGAGGUCUAUGUAUUUUACGUCGGAAGGAAAAACUGGAAGAACUAUGACUGGGCCCACGUCACCACAGUCGCCCUGUUUGCCCCAUAUGACCCAGAACUCAUGUGCUUUGCACACUCCAAAGGGGCAAGAUAUGUCCUGAAGGGAGACGUUCCACUGAAGGAUAUUGUGGAUUCAGACAAGAGGUCAGCCUGGAUAGCACAGAAGGUGAAGCUAGCAAAGGCUCAAUAUAUGGAUGGCAUUAAUCUGGAUAUAGAACAACCGGUGUUCACCGACAGCGAUGAAUAUUACGCUCUGACGGCGCUGGUGAAGGAAACCGCUGAGGUUUUCCAUAGAGAGAUCCCUGGGUCACAGGUGACCUUUGAUGUUGCUUGGUCUCCUAACUGCAUCGACCUCCGUUGCUACAACUAUACGGGCAUAGCAGACCUGUGCGACUUCUUGUUUGUGAUGUCCUAUGAUGAGCAAUCCCAGAUCUGGACUGAAUGUAUCGCUGGAGCAAACGCACCGUUUAACCAAACCGUAACUGGUUACGAGCAGUUUAUUAAUUUCAGCAUCGACCCUAAGAAACUUGUGAUGGGCGUCCCUUGGUAUGGUUAUGACUAUACCUGUCUUCAACUAACGGAGGAUAAUACGUGCAAAAUAGAAAAAAAGCCAUUUCGAGGGGCCGAGUGCAGCGAUGCCGUGGGCCGUCAGGUGCCGUACAGCACCAUCAUGAAGCAGGUCAACACUUCAGUGAGUGGCAGGUUAUGGGAUGAUGUCCAGAAAGCUCCUUUCUAUAACUACAAGGACAAACAAGGAAAUAUCCAUCAGGUUUGGUACGAUGAUCCGCAGAGUAUUUCUUUGAAGGCUGCGUACAUUAAGAAACUUGGUCUCAGAGGGAUUGGUAUGUGGAAUGGAGAUCUGCUGGAUUAUACCGAUGAUCCUAUAGCCCAACAACAGACUGCAGACAUGUGGAAAGCCUUACUACCGUAAUGGCUCUCUAGUGGCCCGGUCUUUUGGAGCCCUACUGGUGGUGCAUAAACGGCAAUUCUGAAAGGGUUGUAAUAGAGUGAAUUAUUACAAAAAACUCGAAUUUCUUGAGAUUGCUAUGUAUGCGUCUCUGACCGCAGGGGUGUAAGCUGCUGAUACUGGAUGCAAAACUGAGUCACCCAACUAUCAGAACAUGUGGUGGUUUUCAGGCUACUCCUUAAAUCCCCUGCAUAGAUAGGUGCCUGGCUGUCUGCAGCCACCACUAGAGGGAGCACAGGAGCUUACUGAAUACAAUGUAUAUAUUAUACUCAAUAAUUAAAGGGGUUGUCCGGUUUCAGCAAAAAAUGGAAUAGCCUAAAAUAAAGAUUUGAGCAGUACUUUCCUAGCAGAUCCCACAAUGACGCUCUGGGUUCACCUGGUUGGGCUCUUUUGACCUGGCUGCAGCGGUGACAUAAAGUUGACAAGACGUGACUGCUGCAGCCAAAUCACUGGCCUUUUAGGUGAUCUGCUGAGGUCAGUGAUUUGUCUGCAGUGGACAUAUGUCACGUCACUGCUACAGCCAGGUAGACGGAGCCUGGCCGUAUGAACCUGGAGCGUUGGCGCAGGAUCUGCAGUCCAUUAUAAGCUCCUUUGAUCUUUUCAGUGGUGGCUACUUGUAGCCAGGCAUUUUUAGCAUUUAAGGGGUUGUCCCACCAUAAGACCUUAUCACUAAUACACAGCAUAGAUAAGUUUCUGAUCAGUGGGGAUCACAUACUGUAAAUGGAGUGAUGGUUGUGCGUGUGUGUUGCCACUCCAUACCUGUCUAUCGUGUCCGGAGAACUUCUUUAAAGGAUAGACUGAAUAAACUUCAACAAGAUUUUAAAAAAAAUUAAAUGGAACAUUAAUGGAAAAUCCAAUGCAAUGGUUUCUAAAUUUUUGUAUAUAUUUGGUAUUUUAUUCUAUGUUCCACCUUUUUGUUUCCUUUUUGACAACUUUGCUUAUUAAAACACGUGACUAGAAACUGA